AUGAAAAUUGAUGAGCAACUUGACGAGCAGGCAGAAAUAGCGCGUGUUUAUGAGCUGAUCGUCGAAGGGUUGAAAGAACUUGACUAUGGAGUUAGUGAGAAAAACUGGCCGGAAUUUAGCAGCUCACAAAGCAGUGGUAGCAGUGGUAUAAUAUUUGACGAGCGUCUUUUAAAAAUGGACCAUACAGCGAGUGGUUUUGUCAACUAUCAGCCUCAGGUUUAA